GGACUACGAGCAGGUCAGCGCGGGUGACGAGGGCGAAUUCCGCCGCAGCAACGAUGGCAUGCCGCCCGUGCAGGUGUACUGGCAAGCCCUGGGCUGUACAUACUGGGUGCACUGGCACAUGGUUGAGAUGAUUGGCCCUUCAGAGCAAAAGGAGCUCGAGGGCCAAGAGAAGGUGAACACGUUGACACAAAAACACAGACUGAGAGCAGUUGCACAACCAUUUUUGUGCAAGUCCCUGAGAGGUGUGUACUCCCUGCCUUACCUGGGGCAGCCACCGACCAAGGCUGCAGAGGCCCUGAGCCGUGCCGAGUGGUGGGAGCUGCUCUUCUUCAUGAAGAAGCUGGAAGCACAGGAGCAGAAAGAGAUCACCUUUCUCAUCCAGCAGGACCAGGGAGAGCAGGUAUGGGCCAGUGCCUGCAGUGGGGAAAUGGGAGGGAGAGAGCAAGGGAGAACAUUAGGGAGAGGAUGAGGACCGAAGGAGAUGGCAAAC